AUGGCGGCCGGACGUUACCCGAAGAAGUUACCCAUGUAUACAUACCGGAAAGGAUGCCACAAGGAGAUCGUGGUCUUCUCCGUGGGUACGCUGGGCAUCAGCACCUUGGUGUGCGCGCUGUACGCCUUCAUCUUCAUGGGCACCAACACUCUGAAGAACAGCCUGAUCUUCGGCAUACUCCUGUGCUCUAACGAGCGGUUUCCCAUGGCCGACAAGCUGUUCGAAGAAGGUCGCUACCCGAUCCUCACGACGAUGCUGCAGGCAGAGUCCGCACUCAACAACAUCUUCGUCUGGUCCGUUCUUGGUUACGUCGACGACAGAUUGAGCGGAAGGAGCGACAUCUGGACGCUGCUGAAGCACCUGGUUCUGAAGCACGCGGUAGGCCUGGUGUUCGGCGUCGCGAUGGGCACCCUGGCCAUUCGGUCCCUUCGCCUGGCGCCGCAGAGCCAGAGCAGCAACACCAUCCUCCUGGUGGUCCUCACCUACGUGACCUUCUGCACCCUCGAGUGGUCCGGUAGCUCGGGCGUCGAUGGCGUGGUGGCUUUUACGCUGAUGACCAACUCGAACCGCCUUGUGGCCUGUACCGAACUCGAGGGCCUGCUGCAGAAGUACUGGUCUGCCAUCUACGACGUGUCGGGCUUCAUGUCCCUCUUUAUGACGUCACUGUACACGGGCGAGCUGCUCUUCAUAUUCUUCCAGAAGGAAGAGCUUAAGUACGCCAUCUGGUCGUACUGCAUGCGCACGUUGGUGCGCUUCUUCGCCGUGGCGGCGCUCUUUCCAAUCAUCGAGCAGUUCGGCUACCCGGUGUCCUGGAGGCAGGCAGUCGUCACCGUCUGGAUGGGGCUUAAGGGACCUCUGAACAUCACCGUUGUGACCUACUACUACCACCGGCAGGCGACCACCAACGUGGACUUCGUCGCCAAGACAUUCCUCAACAUGGUUUGCGACACCUUUCUCACUCAGCUGAUAAACCUCACCUUUCUGGAGUCUGUUUUUAGGAUAUUUGGCGUGCUGGAAGUGUCCGAGAUCGAGCAGCGGACCAUGUCGAGCGCCGUGACGUACCUCCGUGACCACGUGCUCCUGUCCAGCUGGCACCAGAAGAUGGACUCGUACUUCCUGCCUGUCGACUGGAGCUGGGUGCUACGACACAUCCUCAUCGAAAACCCCUUUGCGGUCAAACGCACACCUUGGGUACGCUUGGAUUAACGUCGCAAGCCGUUGCAGUCUCAGUCGCAAUUCAAACGGAAGGCGGAGCACUUCGCCGUCGAAAACGUCCUGAGAAUCGAGCAGGUCAGCUAUUCGAGACAAUACCGGGAAGGAAUGAUUCAGAAAAGCACCAUGAUGACGCUCCUGGCCGCACUUCAAUACCCGUUCGACAAGAAAGUGUACCUGGAUGCCGACACGAUCGAAUCGCUCAUUGAAAUCCCCGAAUGGAUCAAGUGGACAAAAGAGCGGCUGUCGGUGUCCAACUUCGGUGAGGACCUGAUGGACGAAACCGAGUCCUUCCAGAGUCAGCUGGAGCGCAACCUGAACGAGCGUAUCAUCGAGCUAUUCGAGCACCCGUACUACGAGCUGGUGAUCACCAGCAGCACGCUCACCUUCCUCGCCUGUCUGCUGGGCACCGCGCUCAACGUCAGGCUCGCCCACGCCAUGCGGUUCGAGCGCAUCCUCGUGCUCCAGGGAACCUACAUUGCCCUGUUCGGCGCCGAAAUAACCUGCAUGGUAACGGCGUACGGCCACCGCUUCGUCCGCCUGGACAACUACAACAAGCUAGACUUGAUUGUGGUGGCCAUGUGCAUCUUCCAGUUCGUCGUUCAGCUAGCCAUGUACCUGACGAACCUUGAAGUGGCCUAUCAGACGGUGCUGGCGGGCACCUUCAUUUUGGUCAUGGCCGUCAGGCUUGUGCAUGCCGUAAAGUACUUAGAGCUGGUCCAGAACUGGCUGCUGAACUUGCUGCACAAGUACCUGGACAAGACCAUCUACGCGGCGUACGAGACCGGCCUCGCCAUCAUCACGGGCGAAGAGGAGGUGCAGCAAAACGUCUGGAAGUACGUGCGCUCUCCCCAGCUGGCGCUGGAUACGCGCAGCCGCGCCACCAACAAUCGGCUCCUGGUGCUCCGCAAACUGGUGGAGAUUCAGUCCCGCUUCCCUGGCAUUGCGGUGGCCUUCAAAAGUCGCCAGGCCGGGCAGACGAUCCUCAACGACGUUUCGGUGCACCUGUCCGACAUUCAGCGCGACGGCUUCUUCAGCGAAGAACAGCACCGCGACCUGCACCAGAUGCUCAAGGACCAGAUGAUGGGCAUCAUCUGCGCGCCCAACAGCCUGCCUGCCAGCUACAAGCCCAUCGCUGUGCUCCGCGUCAUUCCGUGGAUCGCGACCGACAGCGUGCGCCAGUUCAUUGCGAUGCAGCUGCGGCCGGUAGCCUUCGCUGCCCAAGAAGUUAUCGUGGAGAGGGGCUGCGAAACUCCCAUAAUUGUCACCUACUCGGGCAUUAUCAAGAUCGAGGGCGACGUGGAGUACCGGGAAGACGGCGCACUGCCCAACUCCUCGUCGACGCUGUUCUUCUUCAGCGACGAAUACUUCGAGGACUACAUGGGGGCUCCGGUCACCCUAGGCGCCUUGGGCCUGAUCAGCGACGAGCCGUCCGUCACGCGUGUUACCACUGAAACGGCCGUCAACGCGUACAUCAUCCCGAGAAGCCGCGUGACCGAAGCCAUCAGACUAUUCAAGGAGCCUCCGAGUUUUUUGUACCAGAUCUGGUACUAUAUUGCCAAUAUAUUCGGCGUUCUCAUUCUACAAUCGCAACCAAAAUACCAGACAUGGCCCAUGGAAAAGAUCAAGCUUCGGCUGCAAUCCUUUCUUCUCCCGGACCUGUUGAGUGCGCACGAUUUUCUUCGGAGCCCCGACGUCGAAGACAUCCUCCUUGUGCAGGGCACGCUGGUAGACGUGAACAGCGGCGACCUGUACGUGGCGCCCGCCUACAUUCCGCGCACCGUUAAGAGGUUCAUCUUCCCGGGUGAAUUUGCAAGUCGGCCUAGACCCGUGAUUGUGGUGGUGGCCAACAAGCAGUACAAGCUGCCUCUCGAGUUCGACUGGCUCAAGAAGGUUCCCUCCGAGGACGAGCGAAGCGCCGAGAUGGAGGCCAGCCGACAGGUGAGCCCGGGAAACCCAGCAUUCUAA